CAGCGGAUCAUUGUUUGAUUGGUGUAGUCUGGGGAGUCCGAAUAGGUUAUUUUCGCUCCGCUUCCCUGAUGUGCUCCUGUCACUGGAUUAUAAACACAGACAUGACAACAUCUACAGUCCAGAUCGAUUGUGGACGGGCAUCCGAAUAUGUAACACAUUGGAUACCCCUCUGGUCGUAAUUUUGGCUGGAUAAUGAAGAUAUGUAAUGGCUUUUGAAGUGAUUCAUGACACCAUGCUCAGACACGGUUGCAGGUGGAGACUGAAUGUGGCCAAGGUCUCGACGCUGUGAGCUGUUUUGAAUGGUGCCAUGACCAGUAAGGGUGGUAGCCAUGAAGACACGCUAAGCCCUCCGUCUUCCUCCUCUUCUCGGUCCUCAGCAGCCCGUAAGGUGCAGGUGCAGAGGUCGCUCUCCCGAGAUACCAUUACCAUACAUUUUUCUGCCAAGGGCAAUGAGGAAGAGGAGGAGGAAGAGGAGCUCUACAGGCUAGCUGUUUCCCCUUCUGGCCUUGAAACUGAAGAUCAGAGCAUAGUCACAGCUCAGGAAGCCAGCGAGGAGCUUCUUUCUGAAGGACUGGGAGCAGACAUGGUUACAGGAAUGUCAUGCCAAACUCAAAGUUCUGCCUUAGCUAUCCAGCACCCCUCUGUUAGCCUGGGCUGCACGGCUACUUCUAAUCUUGCUAGUUUCUCAUGGCCCUCUGAGCAAAGGUCAACUCCCCCAUUACCUUCCACCCAUUCAGCUUCCUCCAGCUCAUCACCAGCUAAGGCCCUACCUUCUAAGCCCUUUCUCAGCCUAGUCAAGUCACUUUCCUCUGAGGUAGAGUCUAGAGAGGCUCCCACUGUUGCUCCCCAGUCGGUAAGGCACCGCCAUUUGAUGAAGACUCUAGUUAAAUCUUUGUCUACAGACACUGCUCGACCUGAGCAGGAGCCUUCGUCAACUCCUCGACCCCCAGAUUCGAGGCUCAAUCUGCAUCUUUUUAAACCUUUCACCCAAACACGUGUUCCUGGUGGCAGUGGAGACUCCAAAACUGCUCCCUCAUCCCCCCUCACUUCCCCCGAUAGCCGUUCUUUCUUUAAAGUCCAGGAAGUGGAAGCACGCAUUGAAGACACAAAGCGCCGUCUCUCAGAGGUCAUGUGUGAACCCCUUCAGCUGCUCAGCAAAAUCAUUGGCGAGGAACCCGGUGGUGUGAGCGCAAACUCUUCCUCAUCUACGGCUGCAGGAGUGUCUUACCGGUCCAGAAACCUUUCCUCCAGCGCCUCUGAACUCUCUAACCUGUCUGCCCUCAAUGGCCACUCAGAAAGCAACAAUAACUACUGCAUCAAGGAGGAGGAAGAUCUGGAGAAUGAAAGCCCUGUCGAGAGUGCAACUGUUGAGUUGCCUCUCCAUAGGUCACCCUCGCUAGGAUUGGACCGGUGUUUUAUGUCAACGCUCGCUCGCCAGGAAGAUGAAGAGUUCUGUGAGCUUUACACCGAAGACUUUGAGUUCUGCACUGAUAUGGAGUUAGAUGGAGAAGAGACUCAUAUAUCCCUAGUACAAAGAGGGAGUACAGCAGGAUGCAGUGAGGAACCGACUGAAGGAGGGGAGGAGGAGGAAGAGGAAGAUGAGCCUCCGGGAGUACCUCACAAUGGACUGAUUCUUCUUAUAUCUAUAGUUUAUGGAUACUUUGUGUUGCCACUGCCUUCCUAUGUGUGUUGGGUGUUGAUGGGGGUGGCGGCGGGUUUCAUGCUGGCAAUUCUAGUGGUGUGGUUGUCGGCAAGACAGAAAACAUCUUGGGGCCGUCAUGGCAGCUUGAGUAGAAGACAUCAAUGGAACAGGGUUCCUUUGGAUAUCAAAGAACCAGCCAUCUACAAGGGUUGGAUGAAUGAGAUCUGCAGUUAUGACCCUGAGACAUAUCACGCCACACUCACUCACUCUGUGUAUGUGCGUCUGGAGGGCUCUGUCCUGCGACUGUCCAAACCUAACCGCAAUAUCCCCCGUCGGGCAACCUUCAGUGAACUCAAACCUGAUGUCACCUAUGUUAGCCAAAAAAUUUAUGAUCUCACCAACAGUAAGGUCUACCUGGUACCUAACAACCUGGCCAGGAAAAGGGUGUGGAAUAAGAAGUAUCCCAUCUGCAUUGAGCUGGCCAAGCAGGAUGAUUUCCUUGCCAAAGCCCAGGGAGAAAAAACAGAGGUGAUGGAGGAGAAGACCCUUACAGCCGGAGACAAGGCUGAGAUAGUAAGCACUAGUGAGGAACCUAAGAGACUGCACACAGAACCUGUGCUGUACCUCUUUGGGAGGACAGGACGAGAUAAAGAAGAAUGGUUCAGAAGGAUGCUGUUUGCAUCUAAACUGAAAUCCGAAGCCAAGAAGCCCUCAGGCCUGCCUACAAGCUGUCUGUCUCACAGUCGCAGCAGCAGCCGUGGCAGUCUGGAUGAAGUGCUCCAGUCUCAUCCCAAACAAAAAGACCUCGGUGCCAGUGUCAAACAGAAAGUUCUGGAAUACAACGUCUAUAUGGCCAAAUAUGUCAGCCAAUCAGUUGGAAGCCCUACCACGAGCCCUGUUCAGAGUGCUGGAAGCAGUCCUGGAACCACUAAAAAGUUUCCAGAAAGUUGUGAACAGAGCGCUGAAACAGAGGCGUGGAUCAAUGCUCUUUUGGGUCGCAUGUUCUGGGAUUUUCUUAGGGAGAAAUACUGGGCAGAUGUGGUAUCCAAAAAGAUCCAGAAAAAGCUGAGUAAGAUUAGGCUGCCAUACUUCAUGAAUGAGCUGACUCUGACUGAGUUAGACAUGGGAAUAUCCAUUCCCAAGAUCCUCAGCUCUUCUAAACCUUCUGUAGAUCACAAAGGCCUUUGGUUUGACUUGGAGAUAUCCUACAAUGGUUCCUUUCUCAUGACUCUUGAAACCAAAAUGAACCUGACCAGAUUGGGAAAGGAGGGAGAAGGCCUUGGGGAACAGGGGAAAGAAGGAUCCAGACCCCGCACUUACUUCCUGGCCGACAGUGAUGAAGAGUCAUCAAGUGCAGGAUCUUCUGAUGAAGAAGAUACUGUUGAAGUGCCUGAAAUCCCAGGGGUGGAGGGUUUUGUUGGGGGACACAAACCAAGCAAAAUCAUGCGCUUUGUGGACAAGAUUGCCAAAUCCAAGUAUUUCCAGAAAGCCACAGAGACUGAGUUCAUUAAAAAGAAAAUCGAAGAAGUGUCCAAUACUCCGCUGCUCCUGACGGUGGAGGUCCAGGAGUGCCAAGGAACACUUGCCGUUAACAUUCCCCCACCUCCAACAGACAGAAUAUGGUAUGGUUUCAGAAGGCCUCCUCGUCUGGAACUGAAAGCUCGGCCAAAACUGGGAGAAAGGGAGGUUACUUUUGCCCAUGUGACAGACUGGAUAGAAAAAAAACUAGAUCAGGAAUUUCAGAAAAUAUUUGUGAUGCCAAACAUGGAUGAUGUCUGGCUGCCUAUCAUGCACUCUGCCAUGGACACACGUUCCAAUGCCAGUGCCUUGAGGGACGAAGAAACCUUGGAUCCUAAAGAAUCUCUCGAGGACAUGUGAAGAGAUGUUUCUUUAUAAAUGACAAAAAAAAUAUAUAUAUACCAUGAGGGCAAGACUUAACCAGAGUUGAAAAUUACAGGUGCCACCUUGCCCAUUGAACAGAGCUGUGAAAAAUCUGAACACAUUCAUAACUAAAAGAAAGGACGAUAUUGCUUGCUUGCUUGCUUUUGAUUUGGUCGGGACCACAUGAAGGCACACGCUGUAGGCCCUCAAACAGGUUUUGGUGAUGUACUAAAAUGCAUAGAUAAAGAAUGUCGAACAACUAGUGAAAAGACGGUGUAGAGCCUAGAAAGGCCCAUGAGUUGAAGUGUACGCGCUACCUCUGUUUGAUACAUGCUGACUUACCAAAAGUCCAGGGAUUGAAUGGCAGUACCUAAACAACUUCCUGCAGUAUCCUGAUGCCUGGCCACACGCGAUUUAUUAUUCGAGGGCUCUCACUGGACUUUUGGUGAGACAGAGUGCCUGCAAACCACCUCAGAGUUUAUUAUUUGAAGUUGUGCAUCCCUGGGGUGCACAGAGCAUCAAUAAUAGAUGCAUCCAGACAUUUUAACUGAAACAACAAGCCAGAAGGGGACAUUUGCAUCCAUUUAUGAUUUUUAUCAUGAUUGUCAUGUGCGUCUACCAACAAAUAAUGUCUUAGACACAACAGACCUACCAGUACCACAAUUAUCCUCUUCCAUUCACUGCUGCCUGAGCCCUCUGUGUGGCAUCUGAUUAUGCAAUUAGAUCAAUUUCACUGUGCUUGAGGGGGGACACCAGCCGAAAACCCCCUCAUCCCCAAGCGAUCCCUUCUCAAGCCUGUUCAAGAGCUUUCUAUGCGUGAUAUCAGAAGCCCCUCUGCAGUGGGCAUAGAUCAGUGGUUCUCAAAUGGUGGGUCACAGGUCUGUUCUCACUGGCUAAAUUACUAACGUGAAUAGUUAAGAUGACGAAACAUGGAUUUUUAAAUAAAAGGGGAUAAUGCAUGUCACAGGAUUAAAACCACUGUGUUGGCUGUUUGUUGGGAAUUUCUUACUGGCUAUUAAAGAGUAUUGUAUGGUAACUCAAUGGGUAAAAUAAGAUUGGUGGUAAACAUUACAUAAGGAGGCUUUCACAUUGUUGGACAUUUAACAGUCAUAUGUGAAUGCAUGUAUAUUAAGAGUGCAAACUAAUAUCCUGACUAGGGCCAAACUGAAUCUGUGGACUGUUUCGCUUUUUCUGCGCAUAAUUAAAAAAAAGUGCAUCUAUGUGGAAUAAUUUUGAGAGUAUAUGAGCAGGAAACAAAAAAAAACAUAAUUGUAAGGAUUACAAUGAGGAUCCAAUUGACCCUACGCUAAGCCCCGCCCUCCUAGUUACUGUUGUUACGCCUAGUUACGCUUUGUUACACCUAGUUGUUACGUCUAGUUUUCCUGCCUGCCAUGUCUAUUACAAUAUGUGCCAGUGUCAGGCAUUUCCAGUGAUAUAAUUGGUCAUUUUUGGCAAACAGGUGAGAUAUCUGAGAAAGCGAGACAAAAAAGGCCUGCAGUAUGCAUUACGAGGGUAUAUUUACAACUUAAUAUGCAACCGAUUAGAAUUUAAUCAAAAUUGAAGCUAGCUUAGCCUAGCCGCCUCAUACACUGACCAUUCAACAGCUUAGUUCAUGCACUGCAGUAUAGGUGACAUUUAAAAUAAUCUAAUUUUAACUAAUUAACCUUGAUUUCUUUUUUUUUUGCCAAAAAGGGUUUAAAUGGAGCAGUGCUCAUGAUAUCGAGCGAAAACAGAAAAAGACAGCUGGGAAACAUAACCUGCUUUGUAUUUUUGUAGGAAACACAGUAUAGAUCUUUUUACAGUAAGAGUUGUGUGAGUUUAGCCGUCUAUCAUCAAGUGUCAGGAAUAUCGAAAAUACAACCAACUUAACCCUGCUCUUUUAGCGCCCCUCACAGAGCUUGAUCCACGCUGGCUGUAUUUUGGGUUUCAAUAAAACAUUAAUAAAUCUACUAAAAAUGUUGAAAAUAUUACACUGAUUGUUCCAAAGUACUGAGCAGAAAGUAUAAAGCUGCAGUCACACUAGACUUUUCUCCUCAUAGAUUUCCAUUCAUAAGCAUGCGAACAUGUCAGACUGGAAACGCAAGUUCGUGCGUCAAGUUUCGCAGUUCACUGCAUUGCAAAGUUCAAGCUUGGUGAACUCUGACCUGCAAAGUCGCAUAAUUUGACUGCGACCCCGUUUACACUAAUACGUUUUAGUUUUAAAUUGCAUAAGUUUUGCUGUGGUUACGCCAUCCGUUCAUACUACGCCGGAGUUUUCAAGUCCCAAAAACGGAGCGUUUUGGAAAGGCUGAAGAGGCCAUUUUUAUUCUAAAACACUGCUGCUGCUGCUCAGUGUUGAUGGGGGAAAAUGGAGACAUCUGAUAACGGAGGCAUUGCUGCAGACAUUCGUCUAUCUGAUUGGGGCUUUGUCCUCAAUAUUAAGUAGCCUACACACAGUUCAGUCUUGCAUCCUCUCCUUGUAAGUUCAGACUAAGCAAGUUUGAUAUGGAAAACAAACUCCUGAGGACACGUCGGGUAAAUCUUCCAAGGGAACAGUGUACUUUAGAACCUCAUUCACGUCACCGUUUACGUUGUUUCACUUUCUUAACAAUAAAAUAAGAGCAUGAUGUAAGGAACUGCCUAUUUUCAAUUUGAUGACAACUUAACAGACACCCAAAGUGUUGAGGCGUUGUGUAGCUAUACAGUAUAUUUAUGACCGUCAUCGAGUCUAUAACAUUAAUGCCUCCUUUUAUUUUCCUUGAAAGUACAAAACAUAGCCUCUCUUUUGCUGAAUAUCAGUUUUAAUAUUCAAUAAUGGCCAUUAUAAAAGCAUAACGUACAUUUUGUUUAGGAAAACAAAUGCAAGCAAUCAGUCAAAUGUGCAGAAUCAGUGUCCGUGGCCACAUUUAUUAAUAUUUUAACUCUUUGCGCUCAGCUAAAACACAUUACCCGUGAAAAGUAAUAGAAUCAAAGGACCAAAGUCGGAGAGUAUGUGGUUAGAUAUAGAUAAUAAGAUGAAUUAAAUAUCCCGUUUAACAAAUAUAGUGAGAUAAGAUCCAGCGGUAGAUCCUUGAUCAACAGUCUGACGUGCACAGCUCCCAUCUGGGAAGAUAUUCUGCGUGUGGUCACGUGGUGUGCGUUUUCAGCGGAGUGACGUAGACAGAGUUGUUCAGAAACGCUAGUGUGGACGCAGAUCGUUUUUAUUCUAAAAUGCUGUUUUAAGACUAAAACGUAUUAGUGAAAACGGGGCCAGCGUGAGACCAAUCCAAACAUGAAACCAUUCUGUCCACUCUGGACAGAAAUUUUAAAUAUGGACCAAUCGCUGGCUUAUUUAAAUGUCUAAUCAUCUUGUUCAUUCCUGCCCCCUUUCGCAGCACCGUACGACAGAAUUUUGCUAGCUUAAACUUUAGUGUGACAUAAAGAAAUACACACAUGGAAAAAAAAUAAAGUUAUAUAUAAACACAAGGACUUCUUGUGGGAAAAGUCAGCAUUUAGUGUGACCUUCCAGGGCACUAAACAAAAUGUGAACUGUUUUGCAGACACUAUUGUGAAAUAUAACAGAUUUUCUCCAAUUUCAUCUUUUGAUUAAGGCUUAUUUUAUUUAUUUUCCUUAUUUGUCUAAUAGACUUCAUCUCAAUUAUGUUGAAGUAAAAAAAUAGAGAGGUAAUUAUACAUGAUAAAUAUACUACUGCUUAAACGACAAAUCAAGACUUUUGCACAGAACUCUAUGGUGUUACUCUCUUAAAACAAAAAAGCUUGCGCUGACCCAUUGUUGACGGUUACAGUCAAUAACUAUAAUUGUAGAUGUUCCUGCUUAACCUGUCUUUAAAAUUAUUUUGCACAGUCAUUUUAAAAUAUUCCAGGAUUUGUAAAAUCUGGGUAUUGAAGCAAGACCAUUGAGAACCACUGGGCUAGACCUCGCAUCAUAUUUUCAGAUCAGUGCUCAAAAUAAGUGCUAUUCUAUUUUCAAUACAGAUGAGCUCAUAUGUUGUGCGCAAGUGGAGAAGAUUGUUGAAUGUACAAAGCAUUUUCGUCUAUCUUUGGCUUAUACAAGUGAUGAUAUCUGUGUUGUUCAUUGCCAGGUUGGCUUUGUUUCUUCAUUGUUUUUCUGUUUGCAAGAUCAUGUGGUGUAUUAAAUCAUGUAGUUUUUGUUGAAUAAUCAUUGGCAAGUAACCUUUGCCAUCAAUUCUAUGAAUGAGUUUUGACAUUCAACCAUUAUCAUAUGUUUAGGAGGAAUUGACAAUUCUGAAGUGUUUUAUAGCCAACAUACAUGACAAGGUCUGUAUCUUAGCUGGUACUAAGGUGUCAGCAAACAUAAAUUGCUUUUUCCACCAGAGUUUUGGACUCUACUCCAAAUAUGAUGUACUUUGAUUUUAACGUGAUUAUUUUGUAUCAUUGUUUACGCUAAAAUGUUGCCAUUCGCUGUUUGUUUUUAGUGGCUUUACCAAUUGUUAUUUCUUUUGCACAAUAUUUCAUGUUAAUAUUGUGUUUGGCCAUACAGACAACAUGAUUGUGUGUAGAAACUGAUCAACGGCUUUUGCAAAAUAA